AAAGAAAACUGCGUGAGAGAAAAAUCAAUAAUAAAAGAUUUUCACCAUCAGCAGAACGAAGCAGUUUGCAGCAAAAGUGUAGUUUUAUUUUAUUGUGGAAAAACCAGGCAAAAAGUUUGUAAUUUGCUGCGGAAAAUUGUAAUCGACGCCCUGUGCAACGAUGGCCGAUAAUGAGCAGAAAGCUCUGCAGCUGAUUGCCGAAGCGGAGAAGAAACUGAAUUCUUCGAAGGGAUUUUUCGGAUCACUUUUCGGGAGUGGCUCCAACAAGGUUGAGGAAGCCGUAGAAUGCUACCAACGGGCGGCCAACAUGUUCAAGAUGGCCAAGAAGUGGGCCCAAGCCGGAUCAGCGUUCUGCGAGGCGGCCAAUCUUCAUGCCAAGGCCGGCAGCCGUCAUGAUGCGGCCACCAACUUCGUCGAUGCGUCCAACUGCUACAAGAAGACCGAUCCAAACGAAGCCGUUAGCUGUCUGUUGAAGGCUAUCGACAUUUACACCGAUAUGGGUCGAUUCACCAUGGCUGCCAAGCACCAUCAGAGCAUUGCAGAGAUGUACGAAAACGAGGCAAAUGAUUUGCAACGUGCCGUGCAGCACUACGAGCAAGCGGCGGAUUACUUCAAGGGCGAAGAAUCGACCAGCUCUGCCAACAAAUGCAUGCUGAAGGUAGCCCAGUACGCGGCUCAGCUUGAGGACUACGAGAAGGCCAUCCAGAUCUACGAGCAGGUCGCUGGCUCCUGUCUGGACAGCUCCCUGCUGAAGUACAGCGCCAAGGAGUACUUCUUCCGGGCUGCUUUGUGCCAUCUCAGCGUGGAUCUGCUGAAUGCCCAGCACGCUCUCGAAAAGUACGCACAACAGUACCCGGCGUUCCAGGAUUCGCGAGAGUACAAGCUGGUUAAGACGCUAUGUGAGCACCUGGAAGAGCAGAACGUAGACGGUUUCACCGAAGCGGUUAAGGAUUACGAUAGCAUUUCUCGGCUGGAUCAAUGGUACACCACCAUCCUGCUGAGAAUCAAAAAGCAAGCCAACGAUAAUCCCGAUCUGCGAUAAAUUGCCAGACGACACGCGAUUGCACUGGAACUGCAGAAAAGACGCGUUCAACCCCAUCUUACUCUAUCAAGCAAAAUAUAAUUACUAAACUACAACUACUAUCAGCAGAAUUUGUUCGACUCGAAAUGGAUAUUUCUUAUAGGAUAUUGAAGAACGUGGAACAAGCAGCAAAGAGAAGGUAAAUUUACCAACCAAUCGAUGGAUGUGCGCGAGGUCUAAUGCAAAAUGACGGCGAAACGGUGUUGUAGAAUUGCAAUCGUUUUUAACUCCUAGUUUCCAAUAUUAUAUACUAUCGAUUAUAUUCAGAGCUCUAGCAUUAAGGCAAAAGACUUUACAUGAAUGAGAAAUAUUAUUCACAGAAAGAAGGAUAACAAACAUAACACUUUAUCAGAUUGUGGCACGAGCGAGUUUUCGUUUUUUAUGUUUGUUUAACGCGGAGCUAUCAUUCCGUUUAUGUUGUUAAAGCGAAGGAAAUGUUACAGUUAUUCAAUUGCAGAUUUUGUUUAACGCCUUUGUUGUGUAAAGUAACAAGAAUACAAAGUUAGUGAAACUGACAUACAAAUUUGACUUAAAUAUAUGAACAGAACAUAUUUAGUGUGUAAACGCGUUCCAACCAUUAAAAGCAAGAAGCAGUGAAAUAAAUGAAAAACAGCGCAGAACAAUAAAUCAAUACUUUUAGUUCUAUCUCACACACUAGUCAGAAAUCAUAGCGAAAGAUAAAUUCCAAGCAGAGAAACAAUUAUCACUACUAAUCGAAAUUCCGAAGAAUGCACUCUAAAAAGUAAAGCAGAAAAUUGUCUUUAAAAAUAUAUAUCAUAAAAAAGCUUCGAAAUAAAGCGUCGUUAUUCACACAAAAAAACAUUAAUCUACCACAGAAACCAGAGAGAAGAACCGAAAGAAACCUACCCACUUUACUGUUAAGUAUAG